CAUCAGCGCGAAGGUAAGAGCUUCGGAUGCAGCGGCGAGUGGGAACGAUUGCUAGACUUAACGGGAUCGAUCUCCCCACCUUCCUUAUUCCGCUGCUUGCAAGUAAGAGAGGGGGACGCAAGAAGGUGGCAACGGUUGUCAAGGCGAGGAGUGGAUGCUACGGAGGGAGACCCACCCGGUCUGGGCUCCAGUUCCCUAAGCUGACUUCAGAGACCUUCAAGGAGCCCCCCAGGGGGAGGGGAUUUCACUGGAGCCUUCCGUCCCCUCCCCCCUCCCCUGCAUGCGUCCCUAGUACACUAGCGGGCAUGUCCUAACUUGCCUUCCCCCGUCUACUGUGUUCCACGCAUUUUCGCCACAGCGGAUUGAUAAGAAUCUCGUCUGAUGGGGGUCUGCCUUAUUUUCCCCAUGCAAAUAAAAACACACUCGCUUCUACCCCUUUUGCUGACAGCAUAAUCCUGAAAUAAAAAGCUCAGCAGGAAGAAAGAAGCUCUCACUUGUAGCAUGUGGGGACAUUUGCUUAGAUCUCAAUAACUCUUGAGUGAAGUGAGACUACAGGUAUUAUUUUUUUGUCAAGUGAGUGAUUUAGGAGCCAGACCUGCUCCCUUUGGAAAAUGGAACUGUUGCUACCUGGUCUGAAAUAAAUACUUUGUAUAUUCGAAUUGGAGAGAAAAGCAACAAAAACAACUCUUCUUCCAAAUUGAGCAUUCCUACAAAUUUUAUAAGAAGGGAUUAAGCCUCAAAGGACAAGGGAGCAUUGAUGUUUGUCUUCAGUGCACUUUCCAUUUUGAUGCCAAAACAGUCCCUUAUUUCAUAAAACACUGAAAUACAGUACGUAAAAAUCCAUUCCUAGGAUACUGGGACCUCUCCUUUCAGUCUUUUGGGAAGCGGUGCAGCUCCCGUCAGUGGCAAUCAAACUCUUGUCAGUCCAAUUAUUCCUAUUUUUGCCAGCUCUCCAUGUGGAGCUCCGCUAUGGAUCUAGUGUUUCUGGUUAUCAAUGGUGUGGGAAUGAUUUUGGACCUCUUGGUUGUCUUGCUGGAUGUCAACUUCUUCCUCUUUUCCACACUAGUGUCCUUCCUCGUCUGGCUCAUUGCAUUUGUUUAUAGCCUCCCCAAUACCUUGGUUGCUUGUGUGAUCCACUGCUGGAAUGGGAUUACGUUAUCCUUGCUAUGCAUAGCCGAAGCAUUGUAUUAUUUGACUCUGGGCUCUGUGCACACCAUCAUCAACAUGCUGCGGGGCUUCUUCUCCAGCAUGGAGAGCUUGAAAGUAGUGGGCCACCUGUUCACCCACCUGACACUUAAAAGCAAAGAUAUUAUGCACCGUGGUUUCUGGAACCUGGUUGGAUCCGGCCAGUCACUUCUCAGGCAAGUGUGUGAAGUGUGUGCCAUCAUCAUGAGCCUUGUGGCUUACUUCGUCAACAGCAUCAUCAACAUCUGCCUCAUCGGAACCCAGAACCUUUUCUCUCUGGGACUGGCCCUGUGGGAAACUGUUGUUGGCCCCUUUCUGAGGGUCACCGAUAUUUUUGCAGCUUUUGUUGCACGGCUGUCCAGCAGUGCCAUUGCUAUGGCCAUCCUCCUGUGGACUCCCUGCCAGUUGGCGUUUGAUCUGCUGGCCUCUGUGAGCAAGCUGCUGCUUAAUGUUUUCUUCCUCAACCUCUAUGGUUUGAUGUUGCUGUCUGUGAUUCUUGCCACCAGCAUCUUAAUCCUCAACCCUCAGCUGACGUGGACACUGGCAAGCCAAAUGUCUGGCUAUUUGAACACCAUGCCUUCUUACCAGCGCCUGCUCAGAGACAUGCGUCGCCUGUAUCAGAUUGUACUCUUGUCAUUGGAGAUGGUCUUGAGCUCGCAAGCUUGGCGCAGGUUAGCUGACUGGAGCCUCCAGAUGGCUAGCUGGAACAGAGGUGGCAGGGGAGGAAACCACCAUGUGGAACAAGAGCAACAGCUUUUGCUUGAGGACAACCAAGAAAGGCCAGGAGGACCUGCUGUAGUUCAGGGACCAGCUCCUCCCGGAGCAACUCAUCCAAGAAGACAAGGGCCACCUGUGACCAAUCAGCAAGCUGUACCCCGUGCCCGCCAAACAUGGCAGGCAGCAGCUCGAGGCAGCAGGAACCAGCACAGAACAGAAGAUGAUCUGGAAUCAACUACACAACGGAGUCUGCAGUCAGGGCAGCACUUGCAGCCUCCUAGUGAAGGACCAAGCACAUCACAUGCCAAACCUGGAACAAAAGAGCAGCUUAAUACUCUGGAGGACGACGAUGACCCAUGGCUUCUUCUGAAAGAACAAGAAGAGCGGAAGAAAUGUGUCAUCUGCCAGGACCAAACAAAGACAGUUUUGCUACUUCCCUGCCGGCAUCUUUGCCUCUGCCAGCAAUGCACUGAAAUCCUGCUGCAGCAGGCCAUAUACCAGCGCAACUGCCCACUCUGCCGGCAGAUGAUCCUGCAGACUCUCAAUGUCUACCUGUGACCUAUGUGGAGGGGAUAGCUUUUUCCACAUUCCUUCAAGCUUUCCAUUGGCCAAAGCAUGUGGGGCUGCUGGCAUUUUGGACCUGCUGUUUUCUAUGGCAGCUGGUUGACAGCAGCUUUAUGCUGAUCGUUGAUAUUGGCAAUGGCUACCCUUUUUUUUAUUUCCAAAGAACUAUUGCAGUCAGUGCAACUUGGAAAAUACUGUGGAUGGUUUCUAUGCACCUCUGUUUUCAUUUUCUUGUUUCUGCCACUAGCCGAUCACAGUAAUCAUCUAGAACUUUGCUGUUGCUAAAGAUGUUGAGCCAUCAUGUUGAAUAUACAAAAGUGUGGCUUAAAAAAACAACUGGUAACAUGUCAGCCAGAAGCUGAUAAGUAAUUAAGGUAGAUUUCUGGUAAGGAGCUACCUGUUGCAAAGAGAGCAGAUUUUUGGGGGGUUUCCUAUAACUUAGCAUGUAAACAACAACAACCCUUAGCAGGCUUGUUUGGUAAACACUUGGGGGAAUAUGUUAAUCCUUCCUCCAUUCUUUUAUUGGGGGUAUGAAACAAUAUUCUCACCCCAGCAUUUCUUUCUAGACUACAGCUCCUGUAAUCCCUGACCAUCAGCCAUGCUGAUGUCUGGAGAGCCAUAAGUUUCCCACCUAUGUUCUAAUAGUGAGACUUCAGCAACCUGAAACUGACCAGAAGGCCAGUUUUAUGGUUCUCUUCAGAAUAUUGUCUAGUUACCUUAACAUGUAUUUGUGCAUUCUGUAGUAGGAAAGUUCAUACUUCCAAGCACUGGUGUGUAGAUUUCUGACAGGUGCUAUACAUAGAAAGGCUCACUAAUUUAGCUUGCACUUUUAAAAACCAUGCACCACAGAAUCCCUACUUUCAAGACGUACUUCCCAAUACCCGGUGAGCAUCUUUUUGAUGUGUAAUUUUGAAAGAGCUGUGGCAGCACUGUCAUUUCCCACCCCCCUCCAGGUUUUCUGUGCUCAUUUGUUUCAAGACUUCAUAUAAAAAGCAAGCUGGACACCAAAUGUGCAGCUGUGGAGCACAGAGACACCACACACUAGCAAGCUGAAGUCAGGAUUCUCUUGUCUCUGCUGGCAUGUAACUUCCACAGGUCACCUAUGCAAAACUAUUACAUUCCAGCUUUGUUGCACAACUGAUUGAUUGAUAUAUAUUUUCACUCUUUGGGGUCCAGCUGGGGAAAGCUGAUGUAACCAAAUAUAGUCGUAACAAGUGGCAAGCCUCUUAUCAACAGUGCUGGAGACUGAAUGGUUUGACUCCAGGCCCUGUUAAGUCUGGUGUGGACUGAUAAUACGAUAAAGCUUUUUAUGGCUACUUGUCUGGGUAAGAUUCAAACAGGGUGGUGACCUCAGUAAGAAAGCCUGGCUCUGGAUCUGAUCGCUUAAAUCCAGAAGACUAAACCAGUCUCCCAGGUGCUAGUAACAUUCGUUCUAGAAGGAAAAUCACAAAAGCAGGAAGGGACAUAGGCUAGAGUGGUUUGUUUUGACUGUUGCACGUGGCAUAAGAGUAACCUCUGGGCUCCCUUUUUUCCAGAUCUAGUCAGAAAGCAUCCAUAGCUCUGCUUCUUGGAAAUUGGGCACGAGAGCAAAUCCAAAAGCAUAGAAAACUCAGUGAAUAGCUGCUGCUAAUCUUCAUCUCUCCUGUGUCUAAAAUGUGGAGCUGAGAAAGACAGAUAGUGGUUUACUCACCUCACCUGCUACCCUGACCAGAGCCAUCUGGUUUCUUGAAUGUUUAAACUGGGGAAAAGAAAGCUGAGAGAUAGAGAUAUGAAACCCUGACAGGUUUUAUAUUUGUGGUGUUCUUUUGAGUUUUCUAAAUUAUUGAAAGCUGUUCCUAGUCAUAAAUGGAGUGCUGCACCUGGGCCAGAGAGAUUUUUGCAACCUUGUUGAAGCUGUGGCAUAACAUGGCUUGAUCCUGACUGUAUAAAAGCACCCGAUAUCAGCGUCCUUCGCAGAAUAGUUUUAAUAGCAUUAGAAUGUGGCUGGCACCCUGGUCCUAAGUGUUUGCUUUGAAAUAUGCCCUGUUGAUUUUAAUAGCACUUCCCAGUGAAUAUCUCUUUGUAACAGAUGAGGUCCACAGCUGAAAGGUCAGGGUGUCAUGAAUUCCACCAUCGUGACCUUAAGCAGCACCCUUUGCAGCAGACUUGAGCAACGCAUCCAGGAGACCUUGCCUUUUGUAACACUGCUCAAAGCCCUCUGGGAAGGUUGUUCAACCCUCACCCCCAAAUGCUUCAGGGGCUAAACUUCACUUUGCAAAAUGAGAAUGAAGACUGGAAUCUCAAAGCGGAUUUUCCCGUCCUGAAAACUAGAGUGUCUACCUUGUUGAAACACAUUGUCUGCUAAGUCACUUGCUAAGAUUUUAUGACACUUGGUUUGAAUGUUGUGGGGGUGCACAGUGUGGGGGUUGCAAAAUCAGAAUUUUUCAGUUGCAUUGUAAAAACGGGACUGUUUUAAACCCUCCCAAAUUGUGGAGUUUUUUUUUUAAAUUUGGAAAGUCUUCUUCAUUAUGUUUUUAAUUUUCUUUUAAUUCUGAACCUUGCAGUUAAAUCUGCACAGUGCUGCUGAAUCGUAACAGAGUAUUUGCCAAGUUCAUUGGUUUUGAGGGAGAGCUGUGGCACCCCCCUGAAUGAUAUGAUGUACUCUCGUGUAAAGCCAAAGGUUUGGUAGCUGAAAAAUGGAUUUGAGCAAAUGCUAAACUGAGUGCCUUAAUGAUGGCAGGUCAGAAAGGAAGACAGUGCUGAAGGCAAGCUAGCUAUAAAGCUAACAAACUCAAGUCAGUUUGUGAUUGUGUGUGUAUGUGUGUAUGUGCAUUUACAUGGGAUCAAAGAGAGUUUAUAUAAUCAGUUGUACUAUGGUUUGGAUCUAGACAGUCAACAUGUGUUACAAGGUAGUAGGACAGACCCUGCAACUUCUGGCUGCCGAUGGGUGGUUCUAUUUUUGUAAUCCUCUACAUAACAAAACUUUCUACAAGUUAAAAUCAAAGUAGCACAUCAGAGAGGCGUUCUUUGUCACCCUGCUUCUUCUUAUUUGCAAGUAGAAAGCUAAUGUUAACAAAUUAUUAUUAUUGUUAUUUAUUUGGAGGGGAGCAUUCAGUAAUGUGAACCUCCCCACCUGCAGUCUGAAUCAGUACAGUGCUCUAGUUCUGCAAGCUUAGACCAGAGUUUACAUGCACUGAUUUGUACUGAGCAACUAAAAAAAUGUGCAAGUUGGAGAGCAACCUAGUUUAAAAUAAUAUGUGAUUUCUCUAACCACCCCACCUCCCAAAAUCUGUAUCUGAGGAGUUUUAUUCCAGUCUUUCUAAGCAGUUAGAUGUGUAGAAGUGCACAUUUUGCAAUUUUUGGGGGGGUGGAGGAUGGAGAAUGGAGCAGGAGCAGAAAUGUAUGGUGUUACAGCAAAGGCCUGCCUACUGUCCUGUGGAGCUAGUUGCUCACUCCUGAUCUGUGCCUUGUUCAAACUGCUGCCCACUCUCACAAACCUUCUGAGUGUUACUUUAUAAGAAGAUGAAGAAGACGUGCAAUUGCCUUUUAUCCAGCACCUGGUCUGUUGUCUCCUCUUGCAGUUGCCCUUCUUGCUGCCUCUGGAGGGGCCUUUUGGUUUGCUUAUGUGGUAAUGGCAAAGUCUAUUCUUUGCACUAUGUAAAUGAUUGUUUGCAAAUUAAAAGGAACCAUUUUUCACAAAAUCAGCUCUUCCCACUGUUCUUUUUAAAUGAUUUUAUUUUAAAAAGGAAGGAACUCGAGGCCGCUCCUUUUUGUUUAUUCCAUUUACGUUUUCUGGGCUGACAUGUCACCGAAAGAGCCUAGUGGCUUUGGUGGAACUGAAGAAUCUAGAUACAAAUCCCACACAGAGCCACUGAGUGGCCUUAGGUAAGUUAUUAUCUCAGCUUCAGUUCCCCAGCUACAUGAUACGGUUGAAAUGAAACCUUCCACAGGCAAUGCAACCACACUUUUAUUUCCCCCAACUUUGAGGACUAGUAAUUUAACACAAAUCACUUGGGUAGCAUUUUCUACAUAAUAAACCAGCUUCUGUGUGAAAGUCUAAAUGAAUGAGGUUUCUGAAGACGUCCAGAACUUAUUGAGAGCAAGUCUUAUCUUGGGUAGCGUUCUGCAGUCGGUAUUUUCCAACUCUAGAUUUAAUCCUUCAGUCUGAGGUUGGCUCCUUAUCUGCAUUCUGACUUGGGGCUGCUGUGAGUUAAAAUUCCAGCAACCACUUCUGCAAAGGAAAGCCCCUUUUGAGGCACAGCUGAAAUCUUGCCAGGCCAGAUCAUUGUGGUCUCUCUGGCAGCCACUGUGAUUCCCUUCAUGAAGUUCAGCCAAGAAAGCGAAACCUAAAUUGAGUGACUCUCUCACCCUGGAAUCCUCCACUAUAGGAUGAGAGAGCUAGCUGGAUAGGUUUCCAGAGCAAGCUGGGAAAAUGCUGAUUAAGAAUUUAAAGAAUGCACCUGGGGUGAUGAUAGUGGUGUUAACAUAUAUUAUGAAUGAGCUGUUUCUCUGUUAAUAACAGUAAAAGCAAUUUACAAUCAAUAACAACAAUGAAUACUUAAAAGAGUGUUCAAAGUGCUUUGCAGAUGUGGUGGGAUGAUGUAGCAACCCUGUAAAUCAGGUUGGUAUCAUUCUUCCAAAAUUUCAGAGGAUGGGGUGAGUGAAUGGGCUGAGGCUGAAAGACAAGUGGCAUACUUUUAUAGCUCAGGGGCAAGUUGCUCAUUUUUAUUUAUUCUGUUUAUUGAAUUUCUACCCACUUUUCCUCCUAAAGGAGCCUGGGGUGGUGAACAUUACACACAGAGACAUGUAAG